AUGCUGUGGCUGCCUGUCGCCUUCCAGUUGGUGCUGGUGCUGUGCAGCCAGGGCACGGAAAGGUGCCCGUCAGCCUUCUGCGAGUGCUCCGACUGGGAUGACUACAAAAUUACUUGCAGGGACAUCCACUUCAUCCCCAGCCUUCCAGAGGACACUCAGACCCUGAGGUUUAUGGAGACUCAUCUAAGAACAAUUCCAAGUGAAGCAUUUUCCAAUCUCCCCAAUAUCUCUAGAAUUUACAUCUCCAUAGAUGAAACACUUCAGAGUCUGGAGGCCCAUUCCUUCAACAGCUUGAGUAAAGUCACUCACAUUGAAAUUCGAAAUCUUAGAAACUUGGAUUACAUAGAUCCAGAUGCCUUUAAGAACCUUCCACUGUUGAAAUACCUUGGCAUUUUCAAUACUGGACUCAAAGUAUUUCCUGACCUCACUAAAAUUUCUUCAUCUGAUGUGAACUUUUUACUUGAAAUUGCAGACAAUCCUUUCAUGACUUCAGUGCCUGCAAAUGCUUUCCAUGGGCUCUGUAAUGAAUCUCUAACUCUCAAACUCUACAAUAAUGGUUUUACCAGCAUCCAAGGCCAUGCUUUUAACGGGACAAAUCUGGAUGCUAUCUAUCUCCACAAGAACAAAUACCUGAAAGUUAUCAAUGAAGAUGCAUUUCUGGGCGUGCAUAGUGGACCAACUCUACUGGAUGUCUCCAGAACAGUCAUUGUUAAUCUUCCUGUCAAAGGAUUGGAAAGCCUUAAAGAACUAAUGGCCCAAAACACAUGGACAUUAAAGAAAUUACCAGCUGUAAAGAUAUUUCUUCAGCUAAUUCGAGCUGAUCUGUCCUAUCCAAGUCACUGCUGCGCUUUCAAGAACUGGAAAAAGAACAGUGGAAUUCUGGAGUACUUGAUGUGUAACCAGACUGGCAGUCACAGUUUUCAAAAUAGAAGAUUGUUCAGAGCUAUCAGAGAACCAUUUUACAAAGAUUAUACAGAAGAAUACACAGACCGCACUGAUUCUGUUUAUGACAAAAACACCAAGUUCAGAAAUUUCCAUGAAAAUUCCCAAUAUUACAUAUUUUUGGAAGAACACGGGGAAGAAAAUGUUGGGUUUGGCCAAGAGCUCAAAAAUCCUCAAACUGAAGACAUGCAGGCCUUUGACAGUCAUUAUGACUAUCUUGUCUGUGGAGGCAGUGAGGAUGUAAUAUGCACUCCAGAGCCUGAUGAGUUUAAUCCCUGUGAGGACAUAAUGGGAUACCAGUUUCUGAGGAUUGUGGUAUGGUUUGUGAACUUGCUGGCCAUUGUAGGCAAUGUUUUUGUCCUUUUUAUCCUUCUAACCAGCCAUUACAAACUGACCGUACCACGCUUUCUUAUGUGCAAUCUAGCCUUUGCUGAUUUUUGUAUGGGGUUAUACCUUCUCCUGAUUGCUUCAGUGGACCUCUACACCAGAUCAGAGUACUAUAAUCAUGCUAUAGAGUGGCAGACAGGGCCUGGUUGCAACACAGCAGGUUUCUUCACAGUCUUUGCUAGUGAGCUUUCUGUAUACACACUCACUGUGAUCACCCUGGAGCGCUGGUAUGCCAUCACCUUUGCCAUGCGUCCCAAUAGAAAGAUUCGCCUCCGUCAUGCUUUGGUUAUCAUGCUGGGAGGUUGGCUUUCAUGCUUUCUUCUAGCCCUUUUGCCACUGGUUGGAGUCAGCAGCUACAGCAAAGUCAGCAUCUGCUUACCUAUGGACACUGAAACGCCAGUGGCUGAAGCCUAUGUUGUCUUUGUUUUAAUAUGUAACAUUAUUGCUUUUGUCAUCAUUUGUGCCUGCUACAUAAAAAUCUAUAUCACUGUGCGAAACCCUCAGUACAAGUCAGGAGACAAAGACACCAAAAUUGCCAAGAGGAUGGCUGUGUUGAUUUUCACUGAUUUUCUGUGUAUGGCUCCUAUCUCAUUCCAUGCCCUAUCUGCUAUCAUGAACAAACCAUUGAUAACAGUCACUAAUUCCAAGAUUUUGCUGGUACUUUUCUACCCACUCAAUUCUUGUGCCAAUCCAUUUCUAUACGCUAUUUUCACCAAAGCUUUCCGAAGAGAUGUAUUUAUCCUGCUGAGCAAGUUUGGUAUAUGUGAGCAUCGGGCUCAAGUCUACAGAGGUCAGACAAUCUCAGUCAAAAACAGCAGCGGCUCUUACGGGCAGAGAAUCAGCCGAGGGUUAGGUCAGAUUCUUACAAGCAUCCAAGACCCAGUCAACGAUUACCUUCCUGCUAUGACAAUGCAAAACCAAAUUCUUGUGGAAGAAUGCAAGCAAACUGAGCUAUGA